CAGGCAACGAGAACAGGAGCGUGAAUGGAGCAGCUCUCGGCCCCUGAGGUCGUCGACAACACAGGCAGCUCGAUGAAGAAAGCAUGCCUACGGGUAUAAAGAUGGGCUACCUCCGCCAUCUUGGGGAGCGAAAAAGAGAGAUCCUCACCCACCUCGGCCACUUAGGACAAUCUCGACAGGACUCGCAGUACUUUUGACGCCAAUCCUCGACUCAGAGUCUCUCCCAGCCCUCCUACCGCCAAGAUGAAGUCCUUCAGCGUCAUCCUCGCCGCCGUCGCGGCCCUGACCCCCGCCGCCAUGGCCGCCGACUGCUACGGAGGCGGCCGCCAGGGCAGCGACUUCCGCUACACGACCGCCUACAAGGGCGUCUGCAACGGCGGCGUCAAUGUCCGGACCAAGACCGACUGCGAGGGCAACUGCUGCGUCUGGACCACAGCCAGGUUCGAGGGCUCCUCGGGCAGGCGCGACAAGUGCGAGGAGGCCUUCCAGAACAUCAUGAGCCAGUGCGUCAAGCGCGGCCGCGGUGGCGGCGAGUGGAAGUGGAACUUGGACGGCCUCGUGCAGAACUACUAUCUCGAAGGCCAGUGGGUCUGCCAGUAGAGCGAGCGCGACGUGGACCGCGCCGCCCGCAGCGGCCUGCUCGUCGACGGCUGCUACGCGUGCAUGGGUGGGACGCCGAGCUGGCGGCGGAUUCGGCUCAAGCCGCCUCUACGCCGGAUGUCCAGUUGGAUGAUAGGUAUUCUUAUUGCUCGGCGACCAGUCGCUUUGCGGUCGUCCUCAGUCAGAGGCAUCGUUGUGAAAAGGGGGAUUGGGGGUGGUGUUUUGCGGAGCAGGGGAAUCUUGGGUAUUACUUGACGAACAACCCAAGCAGCAACAAACCAAUAUAAUCCAUUCUCGAACAUCACCUUACUCAUUGUCCCAGAAAAGAACACAGACGACGCG